CGGGUCUUUCUUUCCUUUCUUCUCCUUUCCUCUCCUUUCCAUGAGCAACGCGCACAAGCACUCGACAUUCCCUCGCUGGAACAAUCGACUCAAGCGCAAAGAGCUCACACCCGCCACCCUCACUUACACCUUUGCAGAGCCCACACAGGCAGACCAGGCUCCCGCCGAGAAGGAGAAGACCAGGGAGAGGAGCAGGCAGCUCUUGCGCAGGAGCAGUAACGCGUCUGUUUCUGGGAGCAUCCAUACUUUCCGUGGCAUGAGUCAUAAGCAGUCUGGGGAUACCCUCUCUGUCAGAAGUGGCUACGGGGAUCUAACUGCCAACGACGACACAGCAAGCAUACGAUCAGUUGGGCGAGCGUCAAUCUCGCCGGCUGGAGAGCCUGUGUCAGAAACACAAGACGAUGUGACUGAGGGAAGUAGGACUCCUGUCACGUUCCAGCAGCCGCCCGCGGCAGAGCGUGUCCCGCUCCUCCCAGCACCCACACCUGCGCCCGCGCCUGAUAUUCCGUUAUCUCCUACAUCUAAUCCAACGCCGGGAGCCCCUGCGGAGGCACAACCGUUGGUGCCACCACCAUCCCAGUCUGCGCCGGCCCUUCCUUCCGAGAGUGGGACCCCGGGCGAAGCUGCCAUUCCCGACACGUCCAACCACGACACGAUACGCGCACGUUCAACCAAUAACCCUGCCGCGAACGCGAACGCGGCCUCUUCAUCAUCUUGGUUCCAGCUUUUUACUUGGUCGAAGGAGGCUCUCCCGGAGACAAAUAAUUCAGUGCCUAUCGCGAGUACGAGUGCAGACGCAGACGCCAGUAGCGCGGUUCCACCUCAACCCCUGUCCCAUCCACACCCACACCCACACAACCCCGUCGAGGACAUGGUCUCCAAGGGCGCACCUGCCGCGCCCCAGCCGACCGAGGUCGAUCUCUCAUUAACAACCGCACCAUCUACCACACCGCGCGACGUUCGCAUUUCCCCAUCCCCACCGUAUCUAUCAAAGAUCAGCACGUCCACCUUCGACUCAACACGCCCACCGCACUCCUCGCGCCCCUCGAUCAUAUCAAUACCCUCGUCAGUGGACGAAGAAGUACCCGUUCUCUCGCCCUCCGUGCACUUCCCGCCGCCUACGAUCGGCGGUCCUCCUACGAUUACACAUGGGCAGGAAGAGAGCGAGGGAUCUGGGGGAGGGAGGAGGAGAACGCAGAGCACGCAUACACUCAACCCGAGCACGAGCCGGUUUAUGCUGAGCAUUCCGCUGCUCGGGAGGCCAAAGGUGCCGUUAGACAAGGCCGUGGCUGCGGCGCAGGCGGAGGAUAUCCGGGUGACGGACGGAGAGGCCAAGGACGAGUCCAAGGCAGAGGAGGGCGAGAGGAAGAGGCGAGAGCAGGGAAGCGAGGGGACGCGUCGUGACGACACGAAAACUCCAUCAAUGGUCGGGAUUCAGCCCGAGCCAACAUCCUCUACUUUGACUACUGCUACCUCUUCCAACCUACCGCCUGCCCCUCCCAACUCCACGAUUGACCUCCCGAACGCUGGUCUCUCUGCCUCUGUCCCAUCCGACCCUGUUCCCCCCGAUGCUACCACCACCACCAUCGUCACCAGCGCCAGCGCCGCCUCUUCUUCCAACCUCAAUACCACCAACGAGCCUGCGGAACAAGCCACAUGGUGGGACUUUUUCUCCUGGAAGGCUACUACGCAGGAGUCUGCGCAGCCAGCAGCGGUGGCGGCGACAACCACGGAUGAAACCUCUGAGGCGCAAACGACCAAUGCCGAUGUGACGGUGCCGACGGAAGGAGCAGAUGAGCAAUCGUCUGUCGCCGCAGAGCCGUCUGCCUCUCCCGAGGUGACAGUUGAAGGAAUACCGACUGGCGAUGAUCAACCCCCGCCCCACCCCCAGCCUGAGCGCGCACCUGCAGGACGCGAACGCUCGUCCUCCGCUCCGCCUACGUCGCCCAUUCUCGACCGCAAGAACCCGGUCGACGAAGGCAAAUUGAGGGCGCACGAGGUGGACGUACUCUCGGCACGUUCAGCGCAGAGUCAGCAGAGCCAGAGCGCGUGGUAUGCGCCGUGGGGGUGGUAUCAGUCUUCGGCGUCGCUGCCUCCCUCGGGUGAACCAACGAACGAUAGAGAUGACAAGGAUGGGAAGGACGUUGGCGAGGCCGACAAGGCCGAAGGAAAGGCGGAUGAAUCAGCGACGGGACCAACGCCGAGCAACGCCGAGUCUAGCGCCCAAGCUCAAGGCCAAGCCAAGACGGAAGAUGCUAGCGCCUCCGCUCCCGAUGCGACCGCAUCCUCCACCGCAGCCACUACUGCAGACCCGGCGGACCCGAGCGGCGACCCCGCCACCGCCCCGUCUUCUACUUCGUCGGGGCAAACCCAAUCACAGACUCGGAGCGCGUUGCAGAUGCAGAACCCGAUCGAGGCGUCGGCGAGCACGAGCCGCUCCGGCUGGAUCGCCUUUUUCUCGGCGCGCGGGGCUGCGUCGAAGCGGAUUACAGACGGGUCCGAAGCCCAGGAGAAAGAGGGGGAGGGCGGGAAGGGGGAGAUGGAGGUUAUGGAUCUGGAUUUGGACGAGGAUGGGAACGAGAUUCAGGGUGCGGGUGCGGUGGGGAGUGGAAGUGAUGCGAAGGACGGGAAGGAUGAUCAAGGGACGGUUAAGGGGAAGGAGGCGCAGCCCAGCGGGAGCAAGUUCGCCACGCCGCAGGCCAAAUCUCCCCGCCCUGCUUCACCAGCCGCGUCGCAGCGGCCUGACUCGCCGGCCAAUUCGGUCUUGUCCGACAAGGACGCUGCGAAACGCAAACACACGUCCUCUAUUAUCGCGGGCGACCGUGCGCCGUCGCCUGCGCCAUCCAAGAAAUCGAGCAACGAGAAGGUGAAAGGCGACAAGGACGUGCCGCGCCCGCCGAACCUUAUCCUGCCGACGUGGGGGGAUACAUUCCAUCUCCCGCCGCGCUCGGUCGUCCCGCCGUCCUACCUCAAGGCUAGCGCCAGUGCCAGCGCAAAGGCGGGCCAGGGGCAGGAGAGCUCGCUCGCGAUGGCGAAGAGCGCUGCGCUUAGGUUUGUGUCGAAGGCGAUAUGGGCGCCGCUGGAGCCCUCUGCUGCUGCUACGGACCAUCAUGGUCAGGCUCAUGGUGUAGGCGCUGGACCGGGGAUGAGUAAGGCGAAGGGGAAGUGGAAGGCGUAUGAGGAGAGUUUGCCCAGGGCGUAUGACGUGCUCGAGGGGAAGAUAUCUGCAGAAGGAGCGGGCAAUGUGUUGAGUAACGCUGGGGAUGUGUUGAAGGGCGCGAAGAGGGUUGUGGUUAUUGGAGUGCACGGGUGGUUCCCUGGUGCCGCGAUCCGUACCGUCCUCGGCGAACCCACAGGGACAUCCGCCAAGUUCACAUCGAUGAUGACACAGGCGCUCGAGCUCUUCCAGGCCGAGCACGGCGUGCGCCUCGACAAGGUUACGUCGAUGCCGCUCGAGGGCGAGGGCACGAUCGUGAAGCGCGUCGAGCGGCUCUACGCGGCGCUCACGGGCAACAAGGAGUGGAUGGACGAUCUACGCGAGGCGGACGUCGUGUUUGUGGCUACGCACUCGCAGGGGUCGAUCGUGUCGACGCAUUUGCUGGAUCGCCUGAUCAGGGAUGGGUAUAUCCGGACGGAGGGAAAUGGCGAUGCGGGUGCCAGGCCGGACGGAGAGGAUGCCAGCAGGAACGGGAGCGUGACGCAGAGUGGCGGCGCGGACGCCUCGCUCCUCGGCGCCGCGUCCGCUGUCGCGGGCGGGGCGAUCGGGAUCGUUCCCGGGCCAUGGCGUGGGCGCGGUCAGGCUGCUUCUCAAACGCAAGCCCAAGACCCGUCUGGCACGACAGCUGAAGAUGGGAAAAGGAGGAAGCCGCACCGCGUGUGCUGUCUGGCGCUGUGCGGAAUUCACCACGGGCCGCUGCGGUACCUGAGCACGAGCUCGCUGCUGCAGCCGUACCUCCAGUACUUUGAGAAUACUGCGGCGAGGGAGCUGUUUGAGUUCCAGAACACGGAAAGCUCAAUAUCCAAAGAAUAUCUCGCGGUCCUGCAGAAUGUUCUACACCACAAGGUCAAGAUGGUAUACGUCGCUUCGCUCAAUGAUCAGGUCGUAGGCCUCUAUUCGGGUCUUUUCACCGCCGUCUCUCACCCCCUCAUCUUGAGAGGACUGUACAUCGAUGGCGAUGCAUAUCACUCGUCGGACUUUCUGUCGAAUCUGCUUGUACUCCUGCUCCGCAUCCGUAACGCCGGGCUCUCCGACAGUGGUUUGCUGACACACCUCAGCGAGGCGACCGCAGGUUCCCUGAAUGGGAUUGGCCACUCGACGGUAUACGAGGAGAUCGCAACAUUCUCGCUUGCCGUUAACUACCUCUUUCUCACCGACGACGGUCCCCGUUGGAGCACACAGCCUAAUGCUUCAUCCGGACGUGGAACAAAGGUUCAGGACCAGGCGCAAGAACAGGGACAGGAUCUCGUGUUUACAAGCGAGCCGUUUGAUGCCCUCAAGGAGCAAAAUGAUUACGAGAUUCCGUGGGCCCUGCGCGACCUCAUCGCAGACGAGGACGUCGCGCGGUUGUUCUCGGAUGACUUUAUCCGGCUCCGAGACGCGUUCAGAGACUGGCAACCCAAGACAUCGAUUCUUAGAGACGUGAAACGCAAGCUUCAACCUAUCCAAAGAUUGUCUUCCGCCGUGCUCAACGCAUCCGGCUCGCCACCAAGCUCUGGAGGGUCCUUGAGCAGGCUCUGAUUCUGUUCAUCGUCGCGCGCACCGGUCGUGUUCGGAUGUCCUCGAACACACAGGCUGGGUGAGGUGAACAACGAAGGUACCCGGAGAGCGAUGCUCCUCCCGGCGACCAUCGGUAACUCGGUGACCUGACUUACAUUUUCUCGUCGAUCCCGCGCGACACCAGGCGACGCGGCUCUUGUCAUUGGCUCCAAUCGUACGCGCCAAUCAUUCAUUGCGCCGCAAGACUACUCUGCCAUGGUUUUCUUUCCCACCUAAUCAUUUUUUUUUUCAUUCGCUUAGUUUCAACGACCAGUCACACACGUACACUCAUACCACACUCUUGUACACACGCAGCAUCAUCAUAUCAUCCUGGAGCAAGCUCAGCCCAAAUGUAUUAUUUUGGAACUUAAUAUCAUCUCGCCG